AUGCUCGGGCGGGUUGAUAAUUAUGCCCAGAGCCCAGCUUCGCCGAUGAAGGCCCAGGGAUCUGAAACCCCUUUCUACCCACCAAAGAAGGUCCGAAAUGGACGGAAAUUUGGCCUUUGGCACUUUCUAGAAGUACCAAAGGCAGCGGCUGAUAUGAGCGUCAAGGACGUCGUUUAUGACGCGGUGGUAAAGGCGAUGGUCAGCGAUGCCCCGAAGGACGAUGAAUUCUACCGGCGGCUCGGGAAGACAGUAGCAGACGUGGUGAAAGGAGAGCACCGGGAAGCGCACGCCAACGAGUGCGAUCAUCGUCUGUCGGCGGCGAUGAGAGAGCAGGUCGAAUGGGCCGUCGCAAAAUUGCCGGCACAGGCGCGUGGUCUGGAAGCUGACCAAUCUCCAAUGACAUGGUUAGACAGACGAGGUCGCGCGGAAAUUCAACCCGUGAGACCGUCUUGUAUCGUUAUUAGCCACGUCUCAGAGAUAUGGGAAUUAUCACAGUAUCAAACAGCGAAUACAACGAUGACAACCCAAGUCAAAUUCUUAAUCCAGAAACUGAAAACCCAGGUGACUAGACGAGUCUCGGCGGCGGUAAGAACAGCUGGGACGGCGGCUGCUCACCUAGAUAAUCUCGAGAAUUCCCUCGUUGGAAGAACUCCGAACUUCUAUGCCGAUUUGGACUACGCUCAAGAAGGCUUAGGAGGUCUUGGUCCGACUGGCUGA